CUUUCCAUAUAGCUUGCUAUAGCAAUUAAAGAAAUCAAUAAAUGCAAUACAAUAGUGAAUUAUGUGAAAUGGUUUGCUUUUAUGACUAGAAUAUUGAUAUAUCGUGUAUCGAUUAUCGAUGGUAUGACUCUUUAGUGGCUGUUGCCUUGCUUUCCUACAACACAUUGAAAAACAUUGAUAAUGCAUUGUUGUGUGCCUUUCUGUAAAACCAAUACGGAGCUCGACUGCGGCUCCGAGGCGAUAACAUUUCAUGAGCUCCCAAGUGAAGAACGUCUUCGUGCUGCUUGGCUCAGCGCCCUUGGCACGGAAGACACUCUCCUGCCAGACUCUGCUAUGGUCUGCUCACAGCAUUUUCUUGAUGAUGAGAUGUAUGAAACGGGAAGUGGCUUAAGGCAAAUUUACGCUGGUGCUAUACCCUCAACAGUGCAGGUCUGCAUGAUGUGUCUCGAUGCACACAGUAAGCUGUUUCAAAUGAAGAAAUACAAACUGGAAGGGGCAUAUGAAAAUUUUGUGGGUCUGCCUUUAUGUAAUGAGGGAAACCUGAAACAGACACUUUGUAUACUAUGCGCUCAGAGAUUAAUGAACUUCACUAAAUUCAGGGACAAAAGCUUAAGAGCCCGUGCGCUGAUGAUGGAUUUGGUUGAAAAACACAAACUAAUAACAUUACAACAUAUGGAAUUGAUGGACAAUUUAAAAAAUGAACUAAAGCCUAACAUAGUGAAGACCGUACUCAAGCCAGACCACUGUGAUCUAUACAUAACACACUCUGACGAAGACAAACAGACAGAAAACUCAACAGAAUGCAAUUUUGUUGGAGAAGUUGCAGUGAAAAAUGAAGUUAGUCAUGAUACUAUGUCGACAGAUAAUCAAACGCAACACAAUCAAGUCAAAAAAGAUAAUGGGAUUACGGCAAACAGUUUCAAUCCCAAUAUAGUAAUACUUAAAGAAGAAUACAUGUCUGACGAUAGCAUAACCGUAGAACCAAAGCAAUUUAACGAUCCUCUGCUAGUCAAACCGUCAACCUCAAAGGAAUUAGUCGAAUCAUUGGCACAAAUUAAAUAUGAAAUAACAUUUGAAUGUAAUACAUGCUUCGUGGAGUUCGCAGAUGAGGACACAUAUAAUAACCACAUGGCAAUGCAUAUUCAGAAUCAGAAUCCUGAUAGAGAUUCAACCGCAGAAGACUACGCUCAAGGUUCAGUCGAUCCUUUGCCAUGGCGACUUGUGACAAACGUAACUAGUCUACAUGGAGUUUCUACAACAGAAACCAUCCAACCUGGCAUUGAAAAGGUCUGUACUAUAUGUCUUGAUACAGACUCAAAAUUGUAUGUCAUGAGUGAAUACAAAAUGGAUAAAGCAUAUGAAUACUUAACGGGUCUUUCACUCAGCAACAUGGAGCAUGCAAAGUUUCUUUGCUUUGAAUGUGUCCACAGAUUAUUGAGCUUCAGUAAAUUUAGAUGCAAGAGUUUAAGAGCCCGUUUGGUUAUGGAGAAUCUACUUAAAAACUACACUGAGAUAACAUUACAACAUAUAAAAUCAAUUGAUCGAAACUUAUACCGACUUAACUCGGGUAUGGUGAAGAUAUUAUUAGAACCUGAUAACUGUGAUUUAUACAUAGACAACUCUGAUGUAGAUAAACUAGUAGAAAGUGCAACAGAAUACAUAAAUGAUAGAGCAGUUGAAGAAAUGAUAAAUGAUGAAGUUCUUGACUCAAUGAUGGUCGGUGAAGAACAUACUCAACAGAAUACGGACAUAGGAUAUAAUAACAACAACAAUACAGACAUACAGAUGGGAUUGGAUACAGGUUUAGAGAACGUCAUCGUUAAAACCGAGCAAAAUUUGUAUGAUGAUCUUAUAGAUAUCAAAACUGAAAAUGUUGUCAGUGAAAAUGAUAAUUGCGAUAAUACCAUGGAUUCUGAUGCAGCAAACUACGAUUAUUUGUCGGAGAGUACUUUAGUGCUAGACGCAGUACCGAGUUCUGACGAACAGACGUUUAUGUCAACUGAAACACAGAAUUCUGAUAUGGACACUGAAAACUUAGACCUAAAAAAAGAACAAAAUGCGAAAGCCGCUAAUGUAGUACGUAUAAAGGAGAAAAUGACGUGUAAAAGAGAUAAUAAGUUGCAUGACAAAUUGAAAUUUGAGUCAACAUCGGAAAACUCUGCAGUAUCUGACGAAUUGUUCAAAUAUGAGGAAAUACCAAAACGCGAAUCUGGUAUGGAAACAAAAGGAGCUGAUUGUUCUUCGGAAUCAAACAGUGACAAUGAAGAAAAUAGUUUAUUGGUUAAACGUGAAGGAAAACAUGAUUCAGUUAAAUUGAAAAAAAGCACCGAAACAAACGCAUAUUCCUGUGAUAUAUGCAAUUAUAAAUGCAAGCUAAAAAUCAGUUUAACCUUUCACAUGAAGUCGCAUGAAAGCAAGAAGUUAUUUUCAUGUGAAAUAUGCGAUUACAAAAGUACAUUGAGACACACUUUGAAUGUACACAUGAGAACCCACACAAAUGAAACGCCUUUUGCCUGUGACAUAUGCAAAUCUAAAUUUAAAACUACAGAUGAGCUAGCCCUACACUCGAGGUCACACGCAAGCGAAAUGUCUUUUUCUUGUGCAAUCUGCGAUUAUAAAUGUAAACUGCGACACACUUUGAACGUGCACAUGUCGAAACACAAAAGCGAAACGCACCUCGUAUGCGGCAUAUGCGGAACUAAAUUUCAAUUAAGAAGUAAUUUAAUCAGACAUAUGAAAAGUCACUCACGUGAGAAACCGUUCGCCUGUGAUCUUUGCGAAUAUAAGUCUGUGCACAGAUACAAUUUGAAGAUACACCAAGCUGUUCACGCAAAAUCCUACGCGUGUGGGCGAUGCCAGCAAAAGUUUGCACAUAAAAAAUCUCUUGAGCGACAUAAUAUGUGGAUUCACAUGGAGAAAAAAUAUAUUGAGUGCGAGCUAUGUGAUUUUAAAUGUCAAGACAGAACCGACUUGAGAAUGCACAUGAGAUGUCACGAUGAAUCUCCGUUAGCACAGAAACACAAAAGAGCUUACGCAUGCCACCUGUGCGAGUCGAAAUUCAAGCAGAGUCACCAUCUUGAUAGGCACUUGAAAAUGCACUCUGGUGACAAACCAUUUAAAUGUACUUCAUGCAAACUUCAGUUCACGCAGAAAGUCACUUUGAAGAAACACAUGUAUUUGCAUACCGGCGUGAAACCGUUUUCAUGUGAGACGUGCCCGUAUAAAUGCACAUCCAACGUUGAUCUGGUGAAGCACAUGAGAACUCAUACAGGCGAAAAGCCGUAUGCAUGCACGUACUGCGACUAUAGAAGCACUACUUCCUAUUCUUUGCUCACCCACACGAGAGGCCACACGGGGGAGAAGCCGUUCGCAUGUAAUAUAUGCCACUACAAAUGUUCGAGCACUAGUCAGUUAGUGAGGCACAUGAGAACUCACACUGGUGAGAAACGUUUUUCGUGUGGUUUGUGCGAUUAUAAGUGCACGCGGCACUGCAACCUACAGACGCACAUUAGGGUGCACACUGGCGACAUGUUUUCGUGUGAUUACUGUGAUUAUAAGACUGCGCACAAAAGUUGCCUCCUGGUUCACAUUAGAAGACACAUGAAACUCAUCGAAGACAGCCAAGCAGGAGAAAGUCAAGCUAAUAAAUGAAAAUACCCUCCGCGUGAAAAAAAAAGUAGAAGAACAAGAAGAAACACUUUAUUG